GAAGUGUCCUCGCUGCCGGGGUAACGGGACUCCGCGGCUGUGGGGGCGGCGCCGUGAUGGACCGAGAGGACGCGAAAGAGUUUAAAGAACGCUGUUCCCAGUGUGCUGCUGUCUCCUGGGGUCUCACUGAUGAAGGCAAAUAUUACUGCACUACUUGCCACAAUGUUACAGAGAGAUCUAAGGAAGUUACAGACACAGGGGCUAUUCCAAAUGCCAGGAUAAAAGCCAUCAGCAGGGGGCAGAAAAACAAAAAAAAGCUUGUGCUGCAGAGGGGUCUUCCAGAAGACCGCAGGGACCUGAGGCAUGUGGUGGCCGCUGUAUUAGAAGAUAAUCUGCCACAUUCAGACUGGGCUAGCGAGCCUGAGCUGCUCAGCGACUCUACCUGGGCUCCUGAAAGCGGAGCCGAGUCUCUGUCUGACUCCCAGACCGCAAAGCAUUUCCCCAGCACCAGAGCAACACAACCAGAGUCUGUGUUCAUCUGUUCGGGCUCUCUUGAUGGAGUCGAGUACUCAGACCGGAAGGAGAAGGGCAUCGUGAAGAUGACUGUGCCGCGGACGCUGGCUCUCUGUGGUCUGGCUCUGCUGUGGCAGAGAGAGGCGAUUGCUCUUUCAGAUCUUCUGAGAUUUGUUGAAGAGGACCAUAUUCCCUACAUAAAUGCUUACCAGCAUUUUCCAGAAGAGAUGAAAUUAUAUGGGCGAGACAAAGGAAUCUUUACUAUAGAGUCUUGGCCUGAUUAUGAGGAGAUCUAUAAAAACAUGAUUGAAAUUGCCAUAUUUUUAGACUUGCCACGUUUUCCAGACAUAACUGAAGACUGCUACCUCCAUCCCAACGUCUUGUGUAUGAAAUACUUAAUGGAAGUCAAUCUCCCUGAUGAAAUGCAUGGUUUAACCUGCCAAGUUGUAAAAAUGACUGGAAUAGGAGAAGUGGAUUUUCUGACAUUUGAUCCAAUAGCUAAAAUGAAAAGGGCUGUUAAAUAUGAUGUGCAAGCUGUAGCUGUCAUUGUUGUAGUAUUAAAGCUACUCUUUCUAUUGGAUGACAAUUUAGAGUGGUCUUUGUCUGAUCAUGCUGAAGAGUAUAAUGGAAAGAAUGAUGAAGAUAAGCCAUGGUUUAACUUCAGAAAGUGGUACCAAGUUAUGAAGAAAAGUUUUGACAAGAAGAAACAAGACUGGGAAGAAGCAAGGGCCAAGUACAUGUGGAAAAGCGAAAAGCCGCUGUACUACUCACACAUUGACAGAUCCGUAGCUUAUAAAAGAAGAGAAAUGGUGGAGAAUCUACAAAGACAGUUUAGUACACUGGCUGAUUCAUCACCAACUACUGAAAAAAAGCCCCCUUCCAGCUUCCAGUUCAGCUGGACGGCGGAGGACACCUGUUUCCACGGCCAUCGCCUCCAGGGCGUCCUGCUAAAGAAAGGCCAGGCCCUGGCGACCAAGAACUCAUUGUAUUGGCUCAGUACCCAGAAAUUCUGUAAAAGUUACUGCAAACAUGUGACAACCUAUGAAGAGUCAAAUUUUUCUCUGAGUUAUCAGUUUAUAAUAAGUGCAUUCUCCUUCUUGCUGAGAAUAAAGACUUCCUUACUCCAUGAAGAAGUAAGCUUAGUAGAAAAAAAACUUUUUAAAAAAAAAUACAGUGAAGCAAAACAGAGCUCUUCAAGAUCCAAAAGAGAGAAAAAAUAAUGGAAAAAUGAAGUAGAACCUUCUUGGAAAAAUAAUGGUGAUGAUGAUGACCAGUUGUUACAUAACACUCCAGGAAAGUGUGGAAAAUAUAAUUAUUGCACAUAUAUUUAUACGUAUACAUGCACACACACGUAUAUAUGAGUGUGUCAGAUGUACUUAUAAAAAUACAUGUUGUUAAAAACAGAAAAUAUACAUUGUAAAACAAGUGAUCUUUGAGUUUAAGUGG